GCCCCUAAUACUAGAUGAAUUUGGCAUCAAAAUUAUUGAACCACAAUUAUAUCCAGAUUUAAUUAUGAUAAAAAACGAUCAUCGUAUACACCUCUCAUGUACUGGUAGUUACCUCUUAGCCAAUAACACUAAAUUCUCAGAUUUGGAAUUAUUAACUUGCUAUUCGGGUUUAUUUUUAAUACGAAACAAUUUGUUGCAAUUUUCACAAUUUAGUUGUAAUGCAUACCCAGAAAAUAUUGUAAGAUAUUCAGACAAAGCCUGCGCACACAACAGUAUAAUAAUUGAAAUAGGUUUUAAAGUAAGCAACAGGUUUUUAAAUCAGAUAGAUUUAUGUUUUGAUAAACAUUUACAGACAACUCUGUACUCACAUUUUUCUUUGUCACCAUCUAUAAGAGGAAAACAGAUUGAUUUUUACAGACCUGCUUGGAUCAAUGACGAUGUAUAUAGAUUUGGAAUAGAUUCAGUUAAUACGUUAUACACAAAAAAACGUCAAACUCUUACAGUAAAUAAGUUACUAGGCCUUCCGUCAGAUUCAACAAAAAUUAUUAAUCCUUCGUCAAAUUAUUAUCUGGCCAGAGGGCAUUUAACUGCAAAAUCAGAUUUUGUAUUUGGUGUUCAGCAAUUGCUUACAUUUCAUUUAGUCAAUGCAGCACCACAAUGGCAGGUCUUCAAUGCUGGCAACUGGCUGCGAGUUGAGCAAGCUGUACGGAAUUAUGCUAUUUCUAAUAAUGUAAUAUUAGACGUAUACACAGGUACCUAUGGAGUUUUAAGUUUACCUCAUUCAGAGACUGGAGAAGAGGUCGACAUAUACUUAUUUAAUGACGGGGAUACCAAAGCUUUACCAGUACCGCUCUUAUUUUGGAAGGUUGUUUAUAGUCCAUUAUUUAAAGCAGCUAUAGCUAUUGUUGGAGUUAACAAUCCUUACUUGAAAGAUCCGGUAGCUGUUGAAAUUUGUGAAGAUAUCUCACAUUAUAUUUCCUGGAAAACAUGGAUUAAAGAAGACUUAGAAAAAGGAUAUAUUUAUGUUUGUACCGUUGAUGAUUUCUCCAGAAAAGUAAAUUACCUACCUCCACUUGAAGUGGGAAGAGUAUUAGAUUAAAUUGAAAAU